AAAAGCAGUAACGCGAAUAGCGAGCGAGCCGUAGCUUCGCCGGUGGAGCGGUUGCGAUUGCGUGAGUCUCCACGUAAUUUGUUUCCGAGAGAACAGUUUCUUUUGUCGGAUCUUUAUUCAUUCGGUUUUUACUGAAUCCGGGACGUGUUUAAGACGUGUUCAAGUUGAUCGGAAGGAUCUGUUAGACGUCGCGAUCUGUUUUUUUGUUGUUGUUGCUGAUCAGAUCGAUUAGAUUGGAUUUUGGUGGGGGAUCAGAAAACACGUCCUGUGUGUGGGUCGAUCAAGGUGUGGGUUAAGAUGAGUAAUCUGGACGCGGUGGAUCGAGUCGAGCUGUGUGAGAGUCUUCUGACAUGGAUCCAGACGUUUGGCGUGGAAGCGCCGUGCAAAACAGUAGAAGACCUGACGAGUGGCGUGGUCAUGGCACAAGUUCUGCAGAAAAUAGACGUGGUGUACUUCAGCGACACGUGGAUCAGCCGUAUCAAGUCUGAAGUGGGGGAUAAUUGGAGGUUAAAGAUCAGCAACCUCAAGAAGAUAUUAAAAGGCAUUCUGGAUUACAAUCAUGAGAUCCUGGGACAGCAGAUUAAUGACUUCACACUGCCUGAUGUAAAUCUGAUUGGGGAACACUCAGAUGCAGCAGAACUCGGACGAAUGCUACAACUCAUACUCGGCUGUGCGGUCAACUGUGAACAGAAGCAAGAGAACAUCCAGACCAUCAUGAUGAUGGAGGAGUCGGUGCAGCACGUCGUCAUGACGGCUAUUCAGGAGCUCAUGAGCAAAGAGACACCUGUUUCAGCAGGAAAUGACUCCUAUGCUGACCUGGACAGACAGCUCAAGAAGACGGUGGAGGACCUAAGCGAUGCUUUGGCGUCUAAAGAAGAGAUCGCGCAGCGCUGCCACGAGCUCGAUAUGCAGGUGGCGGCUCUACAGGAGGAAAAGAGCAGCCUGCUUGUCGAGAAUCAGGUCCUGUUGGAGCGUCUUAACCAGUCCGACUCCAUAGAGGAUUUGAACAGCCCAGCCGGGAGGCGCCACCUCCAGCUGCAGGCACAGCUGGAGCAGCUGCAGGAGGAGACGUUUAGGCUUGAAGCGGCUAAAGACGACUACCGUAUCCGCUGCGAAGAGCUUGAGAAGGAGCUCCUUGAGGUCAAAGGUCAGAACGAGGACCUAACAUCUCUGGCUGACGAAGCUCAGUCACUCAAAGAUGAAAUGGACGUCCUGAGACACUCAUCUGAUAAGGUGUCGAAGCUGGAGGCGCAGGUUGAGUCGUAUAAGAAGAAGCUGGAGGAUCUGGGGGAUCUGCGGCGCCAGGUGAAGCUGCUGGAGGAGAAGAACACCAGCUACAUGCAGAACACCGUGAGCCUGGAGGAGGAGCUCCGCAAAGCCAACGCAACCCGCACCCAGCUGGAGACCUACAAGAGACAGGUGGUCGAGCUCCAGAACCGGCUGUCCGAGGAAUCCAAGAAAGCUGACAAGAUGGAGUUCGAGUGCAAGCGUCUGAAGGAGAAAGUGGAUUCGCUUCAGAAAGAGAAAGACCGGAUGAGGACGGAGCGCGACUCACUGAAGGAAACGAUCGAGGAGCUGCGCUGUGUUCAGGCCCAGGAGGGUCAGCUCACCUCAGUAGGUCUGGUUCCACUGGGCAGCAGCGAGGCCUCGGAUUCACUAGCAGCAGAAAUCGUGACCCCAGAGAUCCGGGAGCGACUGAUCCGUCUGCAGCAUGAGAAUAAAAUGCUGAAGCUGAAUCAGGAGGGUUCAGACAAUGAGCAGAUCGCGCUCCUUAAGAGUCUGCUGGAGGACGCAAACGCCAGGAAGAACGAACUGGAAACGGAGAACAGGUUGGUGAAUCAGAGGCUCAUGGCAGGUCAGAGUCAGGUGGAGGAGCUGCAGAAGAAUUUACAGGAGCAGGGCUCAAAAGCAGACGACUCGGUCCUGCUCAAGCGGAAGUGCGAGGAACAUUUAGAGAAACUGAGUGACGCCUCAAACGAGCUGCAGAAAAAGAUCGCAAUUAUUGAAGAUCUGGAGCCCAAAUAUAACGCAGGAGCUCAGAGGAUUGAGGAACUGGAGGAGGCUCUAAAGAAGAAAGACGACGAGAUGAAGCAGAUGGAAGAGAGAUAUAAGAAAUAUCUGGAGAAAGCAAAGAGUGUCAUUCGAACACUGGACCCCAAACAGAACCAGGGUUCAGCUCCUGAGGUACAGGCUCUGAAGAACCAGCUACAGGAGAAGGAGAGGAUGCUGCAUUCCCUGGAGAAGGAGUAUGACAAGGCGAAGUCUCAGCGAGACCACGAGGAGAAACUGAUUGUGUCUGCCUGGUACAAUAUGGGCAUGGCUCUCCAGAAAAAAGCAGCGGAGGAUCGUUUAGCCAGCACAGGCUCGGGUCAGUCGUUCCUGGCACGUCAGCGGCAGGCCACCAGCACACGCCGCUCGUACCCGGGCCACGUGCAGCCCGCCACAGCCAGUGAUGUAAAGGCAUGAGUGUCUGGGUCGAGGCAGUGCGGCUGCAUGACGUCGCCGCUUGCAUGACAGAUUUUCCGCUCUUGAAUAACAAAAACCUCAACACACACUAACACCCGCCCGCUUCCGGUCCCGUUUCAUCAGCAUGCACGUGUGUCACGCUUGUAAUCCUCCGCUAUCCCAGCAUGCACCGGUCCGGGGCUCUCUGGCGGCAGGGCCUGCAGGUCACUGCACAGUGAUGUAAUAACCGUUAUGACGUAUCAACACAACGCAGGCCGGAACAACUGUCUUUAGGACCCAGCAUGCACCAGUCAGUGGGCGGGGCCUGAAAUUCACCUCAAAGUGAUGUAAUAAGUGUUAAAAUGUAUCAAUAGGUCAAAACUUUUGUAUUUUUUAUUUUGCAUAUUUAUUAUCAUUUCUUCUUUUAUAUCUUCAGUCCUUCUUCUUUGGAGCAAAGUGUUACUACUAUUAUUAUUAUUAUUCAUUUUAUGAGCAUCGUGAACAAAUCGCGAGCUUCUGCACGAAAUUCUUAAUACUGUAUUUUAAAAACCAUCGCUUUUCUACCAGUAUUUUCGAAGGGAAAAAAAAGGUCAUUAAGGAGUUUACACGUGAAAUGGAAAGCGUAUAAAUCAUGGAUAGACACCUAACAGGAAGUGCACUACUUAAAGGACAAGGAUUUAUUUCCAAAGGUAUUAAAUGUCUUUUUCUUCUACAUAUCUGAUUGUGAAAUACCACGACCCCCAAUCAGAUCUCCGCAACUAAUAUGUGACGUGUAAAUUGUUACAUUUUGAAGCUGAGGCUGCUUUCACACACUUUUUGAUUUUUUUUUCUUCUUACGAUAAAAAAUGUUUUAUGGGUAAUUUUUUAUAGGAAAUGGCUACAUGGUUUGAGCCUUUCAUAAUGCUACCGUUUUGUUUUUGGUCACCGCAAAGCUUUUCCAUAGUAGAUAAGUACAAAUUAUGAAAAAGAAAAAGUCGAGUGCUUUUUUUUUUCUUUUUCUUUCUUUCUAAUUCUGACCAAUCAGAACGCAAGUCAGCAUGGUGAAAUUUUUUAUUUUAAAUAUAUAAAUUUCUCUUGACCAGUCGUAUCCCAAGUUAAGAGGGCCAAGCCAAAACAAAGAAUGAAUGUGGUGGUGAAAAAUUUGCUAUAUUCUUCUUCUUCUUUUUUUUUUUUUUUUUUUGUUAAUAACCUUCUGACCAAUCAGAUCACAAGUUAGGGGGAUCCAAGCAUCAAAACUAAAUUAUUUGUAAUAAAAAAAAAAUUACUUUAUCCGAGAAAGUUUAUUUGAAGAUAAAAAAAAUAUAUAAAUAAAAGCACAACACGUUAAAUACAAACAUUUUUGAUGUGAUCAGUUCACUUUUUUUCCGAAAUCGAUCUCCAUUUAAUUUACUAAUGCUAAUAAUACGUGUCGAAUUCAAGCUAGGUCAGUUAGGUAUCUGAUACUAGCUACGAUUUAUAAAAUCAUUUCCAUUGUGACACUGAAUUUAUGCAGCAUUUAGCAUUUGUUUGUUUCUACAGAAAAAAAAAAGUUGAAAAGCAGCCUAAAAAAACUAGCUAGCUAACAUAGCUACCUAAAAAUCCCUCUAGUGCUCGGACUCUGAAUUUUCUUAGAGCGUGGGUAUCAGUUAACAUUUACAUAAAGGAAGGAAAAAAGUAUGACAUCAUCAGCCUGAAGGUCUCUUAUAUGUGUGUCAAGGUUUACAAAAGGUCAAUUGCCCAACCAGUAGUGUUGAAGAUGAUUAAAAGGGGCGUGUCCUGUUUUUUCAUGGUGUUUUUGUUUGUUUUUAAACCUCCAAUCAAACAAUAUCUCAUACGGACUAAUGCUGAUAACCACAUGCCCUUUAUAAGUCCUGACACUUUCUCCACUGCUUCUUGUUACUCCACUGUUAUGCCUCAUGAUGUCCAUUUUAUGCACCACAGCACCAUUUUGUUUAAGAUUUAUGAGCGUGUUUUUGAGUUGACGAAUGCACAAAUAGACAACAGUGUUAGCGCGUUUGAAAUUUAAUCAAUAAAAGAAAUAAACUCGUAUAACCGUCCAUUAGCAGUGGAUCUGCUCCAGUCAGACUCCUCAAAAACCCUCAAAAAAUACAAGAAGAAUUCAAAUACGACAUUUUACUAAAGUUUGUUUCACGGUCGGUGUGUGUGUUUUUUAUGAAUAGGAAGAUUUUACGUUUAGUCAAAGUAGCAAAUUAUCUUUCCAUUUUGCCAAGUUUUAUAUCGCUUGUAUACAGUAUGUACAUACUCUGUGUGUGUGUGUGUGUGUGUGUGUGUGUGUGUGUGUGUGUGUGUGUGUGUGUGUGUGUGUGUAAGACAGUGGAGGAUGUUCCUGCUCACUAGUUUCUACAUAUAUAUUAAAAAAAGGAAGAUGAUGGAUAAUUUUCAGACGAAUUAUUCGCUGUUUGAACUCUGAGAGGAAAAACAAUGUGCUUCCUAUGCUGCAAAAAUGUACAGUUGGUAAUCAAGUUGUAAAUAAAGCUUGUAUAAAA